UAAAAAUAUCCGUGUCCAGGGAUGGAUCUACUUAUGAUGAUGUAGUCGAUGAUUUUACUUUAAAAGAUCCUUCCAACAAGGGAUGUAGUGCGCUGCCUGAUAGAAUCCCUUUGCCUUCUAUACAAACAACAAGAUAUGUGAAAGUGACUGUUCUUGAAUAUACCAAGGAUGGUCCUGCUUUCACAUACAUUGGCAUUGAGACUGUUGUUGGAUCCUUAGACCCAUCCAUGGGACUGAUUCCAUCUGAUAGAGAAGGAGAGCUGACAGAAAUAGUAGAUCCUAAACAUGAGGAUAACUGCUACUUCGUCUGUUACAAUAGGGAUGGAUGCAAGGGUUGGAUCUAUUCUAGUGAUACAGGAUCAUGUUUAACUUUUACUAAUUGGAAAACUUUGGAAGCUAAUGAUACAUUGCAAUCUUCUGAGUUCAGCGGUUCUCAAACAACUCCUAUUCACAAGUGCCCUUCAAGGUUUUCUCCCGGGCUUGAUGUUUUGGAUAAGGAUAAAGCCAAACCAAUCUCAGCAUCUAGUGUACAAGAAUGUGCAGACCAUUGCAGGGCUAACAAGGAACUGUGUAAUUUUUGGAGAACAAAUACACCUCCUGUCACUGGUUGCAUUCUCAUUAAAAACCGCAAAAAGAUUUCAGCUUUAAAGAGUCCUUUCCUACAUGGUACAAGAGACUGUAGUACAGAGGAUUUAACUAAUAAAUGCCCCUGGUUUGAUUAUCAAAUUGAUAUUGGGACUGAAAUUACCCCAUCUUCAACUGCUGAGUCUUGGAUGGAGUGUGCCACUUUGUGUUUUGAGACCUCAAAUUGUUUGGCUUUAACUUGGUUCUCUGACCGCUCAUCAACCCCAAACACCUGUAAAAUGUACAGCACAGCAAUAACAUCUUUGAAACCUAUGCUUUUUGCAGUGUCUGGCUCUAAAAAAUGUGGUUCCAAUGCAUGCAAGAACCCUACUGUAGUACUAGACUCACGACCUUCUCCGUCAGAUCCUAAGGUCAUCCCAGCACUGACAGACUCUACAUGUGAGGAUGAUGAUUCUUCCAGUGUAUGGUCAGCAAAUCUAAACACCGUGGGGAGGGAGGCAUCAUUUGCUCUGGACUAUGGCUGCAGGAAAAAGUUUUUGAAUUUCAAAAUCCAAAACUCUCAUAAGGGGGGAACUAACUGCUGCGGAACCAACGGAUUUACAAUUUAUGGGUCAAAUGACAUGAGAAAAUUUGCCAAGAUCUUGGAUGGUAAUCUCUCAACUGCCGCCGGAAAGAAUUGUAAUGUUCCUGUGGACGAGUUUGCUUUAACAGAAACCCGCACUUUCCAGUUCUUGAUUUUUCAACCAGAUACAUUUGAGAGGUCUACACCAGCAGAUCAGCAGAUAACUUUAUCCUUGUUCAUUCCAGAAAUCCUGGAAAGCCCUGAAGGGUAUUAUACAUGUGUUGAAACAUUUCCUUCCAGUAAUGAAAGGGUAUCCAAGAAUUAUGACCAACUGUAUUACACUACACGACAUUGUGUUGAAUACUGUAGGGUUAGAAACUAUGACCUUUACAUGUUUAAGUCCUCUGAAUGCUACUGUGUUAAGAAUUUCCCUACAAACCCAUUAGUUCCAAGAGAGGACUGUUCACCUUCAGAUUACGAGAUAUACAAGGUGUCAGAGUUUGAUAUAUCUGAGUCCUGCGGAGAAUUGUAUUUCCAACACCAAGUGUAUGGUUGGAGUGAAUACAAGAUAUCAUUUCAGGACUCAGCAGGACAAUCUAGGACUAUCACUGUGACCUGUGAGUUUUCUAAGCCAUCAGGUGUAGAAUCAAAUGCAAAUAACCAAGCAGGAGAAAAGUUUGCACAUAGGGCAUUGAUGAUGGCUGAUAAGGACUCAAUUCUCAAUACUAGUUCCUCAAUUACUGUUUACCAGGGAUCUGUGAUACCUUUGUAUGACUACCCAGGUCUGGAUUAUCCUCGAAGUGACUUCCGAUGGGACUUUUCAUCUGAAGACACCAUAGUUUUUGAUUUCAAGGAAAGAUCUGCGAUGAUCUGGGGGGUUUACUUUAACAAAACAGAUUUUAACUCAAACUUUGAAUUUGAGAUACAGAUUGGAUAUUUCAAGGAUAGUCAGUACAGUCACAGUAACCCAGAUUGGAUUAGCCCUAGAAGAUCAGAAGAAGACAAAUGGAGAAUUGCCUUUAACCCAAACCAGAUGGACAGUUCAGGAAUAAUUUAUUUCAAAGACUUAGACAUGCCGACCUACUUGACUUCUUUUGUUGCCAGUCGUAUAAAGAUAAAGCUCAAGAAAAGUUCUGGACCAAGACAAGUAUUUCUUGACUUUGUUGGUACUUUCUAUGAUUAUGAUACUGCCAUUGAUGGAGUGGCUAGUAAUGGGAAAGCAGAUGAUUGGAUUAAUAACUAUAUUGGUGUUUAUGCACUAAAAGAGGAUACAACCCUUGUAAUAAAUGCUGCGGAUCCACAACUAUGCUCCCAACAGUGUGUAGACCCAGAUGAGAAUAAACAAGUUUAUUUUGCUGUGCAAAAAACUAAAAGCAGUUUUUACAAGUGUAAGUGUCUGCCAAGAGAUCUAUCUUUGAUUAUGGGAAGUAUUGAUUCCUCUCGUUCCAAGAGUCCUCUCACUUCAACAGUCUGUAGUGACGAGCUUAUGGCACCUAAACUAGAUUUAGUGAACCAGCAAACAUCUCUGCUGAAGUUUCUAAAAGAGAGUAAUAAAGAGCUGCAAAACACAUUAACAGAUGAUAACUCUACACUUAUAAACAUAUGCAAUCCUACAAGAGCAAUCAACAUUGUCACCCUUUACCUCUCUCAUUUUCUUGGCCUUAAUGUUGACAACAUAAUUACUAAUUAUGUUUAUAAUCCAAGUCAAACUUUUGUCUAUCCUGGAAAUGUUUCCAACUCCCCAACUCCAGUUGCUGCAGUUCCUAACUUACAACAGGCUUUCUGGACAAUAGUGAGUCAGUAUACAAACACCACGGAACCUCAACUUAGAAAUGGCAAAGAUGCGCUGUGGUGUUCAGAUAUGGGAGAUAUUCUAUACCAGCACUGCUUGAAACACAUUGAAGAUUGUAAAGAAACUAUAGUUCCUUCUUGUGAAAAACUUUAUUGGACCUAUUUUCUAGAAGUAUGCUACCAAACAAUAAACCAAAGCUCAUCAGGAAAACCCGAAAGACCAGAGGAAAACUGUUUAAGCACAGACUACACAGAAAACAAGGCACAUCCUUAUGCUUUAUACAAAAGGUGGAACAGGAAUUGUUAUGAACUAACCAACCAAAUCAGCACAUUUUCAAAUACUAGCCUAGGAAAUGGAUUUAUGGAACUCCGGACAGCUGAUUCCCCAUUUAGGAGUUGGAUCAGAAUACCAGGAACUCGGCAGAAUUACCUUUGCAGGCAUGGUUGGGCGCUAGAAAAUGGAUCCAAUCCAAUCCAAACUUUUGGCUGCAUGGGCAACAGAAAAGCUUACUUUGGUACUCCAGAAAUAUGCUUUCCUUUGGUGUGUGGUCUGGAACCUAGUUUACCCAGCGAUGACAAGAUGUCACAUAACUGGGAUGGAAUCCGAGAUAGGUUUGAGAAUAGUAUAAAAUACAGCUGCCUGGUUGGAAAUGCAUUUAAGAUACAACAAAAAGCUUCAAAAUCUGUUGUUGAUAAUACAGAGGGUAUUGGGAAAACUGUAAAGUUUACUUGUCAAGUUGGGUUUGAGUUCAUAGAAAAUAUUGAGGUUAAUACUCCUAUACCUACUACUACUACAACUACAACCACAACAACUACAACCACAACAACAACUUAUGUGCCCACUGAAUGGUCAGAAUGCUGUCAGUAUGUCCAACAAGCUAUUCGCCCUGGAUUGGUUAGAACCUUUGAAAAGCAUGGCUCUAGAAAUGAAUACUCUGCUCUUGAUUCACAAAUAUCAAAUCUAGAAAUCAAAAAAGAGGGUGUAUUCAAAUCAGAUAGUUCAGCCACUAGUCCACCAGCAUGUGGUAAGUUUUCAUCAGAUAGUUCAGCCACUAGUCCACCAGAAUGUGGUAAGUUUUCAUUAGAUAGUUCAUCCAGUCCACCAGCAUGUGUGACAGAUGUUAGCGGUCUGGUAACUGAUAAUUCAGCUUGUUGUAAGAGCAUUAAGAUAUCGGAUAUGGAUGGAUCGAAUCCUAAAUAUUAUAAACUGGAUUUAAACCAGGGUUCAUCCUCUACAACACGAUAUUAUAGAGUCUCAGAUAUCACUGAUAACUACUUUUACUGGAGUGACGACGAAUGGAAAUUGAAAGAUGACUAUGAUCUGCCAAAAUAUGAUGAUAAUUUUUGCUUGGAACAAGUUGAUUUUAGUGGGCAGAGUAAGAAAGCUGAAUGUGCACUUGAAUCUGAUUUGCCAAAAGAUCCAUUCUCAGGUAAAUUACAAAAACUGUUUAAAGGGAGUGUUCGCGAAAAAUGA